GCCACUCAGCGAGCCGGGACACACGGAGAUAUUUACACUGUCAGGAGGACUGGUCACCGUCGCACUAACCAUUGGCCUCGCCCUGGUCGAUCGAUCAAUCGCCGGCGUGAUACCGCUGGACCAUCAUCAUGUCUCGGUGGCUAGCUCGUACAUGCAUUUUCAAGGGCCAGUACAGGGACCUGAAUACGAGGUGAAAGUGCCACACGUACCUUUGGACCAUCUCAGCGAGCACAACUUUUUGGGCCACCACGAGCUUCCCCAUCACGACGGUUACACGGUUGACUAUGUGGCGAAGCCAAAGUACGAAUUCUCAUACGGCGUCGAGGAUCAUCAUACUGGCGACUUUCACGGCCAGAAGGAGUCCAGUGAUGGACACGGCGUGACCGGGGAGUAUACCGUGAAGGAUCCAGGUGGUAGCCUCCGGGUCGUCACCUAUCACGCGGACAAGGAGGGAUUUCACGCAGUAGUACACACUACCGGGAAGAAUGAUCAUUCAGGCGGAGUCUACGGCGGUCAAGGACAUGAGACCCAAGACCAUCUACACGAGUACGCCGCGUUAUCCGCGCACGCUGCAGCGUUCUGAAAGAAAACUAUAGCGACCACCAUGACAACUGGUGACUGAUCGCUUUUGUAUGUACCUGGCACAAUUAGACUUUUCCUUUCCCGAAUCGUCAACGUUGAUGUUUCCGUUUUGUAUACCAAAGGUAACAACGGUGCUAUCCGUCCGACAUUACACGCAAGGAUAACGUAUCGUAUAUAUUUGUAAAUAUAUAGUUUAUCCCUCUUAUACACGAUAAACGACAUAAACAUGAUGGAAAAAUACAUGUUUAUCCCUUUUGUGUUAUAUAGGCAGCAGUAUGCCCUGCUUUUCCAGUAUAGAAAAUUAUUGACAAAAUGUGAUAGACACAUAAACUAUAUGAAUAAAAAUUUACAAGAUUAAUAAAGGUUUCCGAUGAAUAAUUGACGUUUCACUUAAUUGAAGUAACGUGACCGAAAAUAUUUUUUAUUAUGUACUCCUAUUCUUUUAUGCAUAAAACUCUUUUUAUAUUUAUCGAAAACCUUUUAAUUGAUUAACAUUUUAAUCGAGCGCUCGAGUUUAUUUGAAAACUCCCGUUGAAAUGAGUGAAAAGUUAAAUAUACAAUAUAAGCCACCCACAAGUUAUAAUUACUCAAUUUGCGAGAAUUUCUGCGCUUUACUAAAAUUACUCGAU